AUGAGUUACAUCCACCCUUCAUGGAACUACCAGGGCCACCAGGGCAUCCCAAUGGACCAACACAUGGCAUAUGACCCGUCCAUAGUCCCUCCUCCGAUGAUGCAUCCUAUCGACGGCUACAUGUACCCUCACCCGCCAAUAGAGAUGAUUGACUACUACCACCAACCGAUUAUGGACUACGACGAAUACACGGAAAAUCUGUCGCGACCACGGUUAACCAAGGAACAAGUUGAAACCCUGGAGGCCCAAUUCCAGGCUCAUCCGAAACCAAGCAGCAACGUUAAGCGUCAAUUGGCGGCUCAGACAAAUUUGAGUCUGCCUCGCGUUGCGAAUUGGUUUCAGAACCGUCGAGCCAAGGCCAAGCAACAAAAACGCCAGGAGGAAUUUGAAAAGAUGACGAAGGCCAAGGCGGAGGCCGAGGAGGCUGCUCGCCGUAAAUCAGAGACCUUGGACCAACUGUCUGGAUCUCGAAAAGGAUCGAUUGCCAAGGAGGAAUCGGAGAAAUCCGCUACUCCUAAGCAAACACCUACCUCCACAUCCAGUGGCCAUGCCAAGACAGAUUCCACAUCCAGCCGUUCCAAGCACCACAAAACAAAGAGUGAAUCGGCAAGAGAAGCAACUUUUGCGUCUUUGCAGAGGGCGCUGAAUGCAGCUUGUGCUGCCCGGGAUCGAUUUGGUCGCCGGAUCAACCCCCGGAGCAAGAACGAGUCUGUUCCUGAAGAAGAAGAAGACGAAGAGGAGGCAGUGUCCCCUGGAUCAAUGCCACCACCAAAAAUAGCCACUCCAGGUAAUGACCAUGGGAAUCUUGCCAACAUAAACUCCUCCUUUUCGGGCUGGUCGAGUAUCAAGGAAGAACCAGCUUCGUGGGGAUCCGGCGAUCACAAUGAGAAUGUGGGAUAUAGCUCUACAGAGCAGACCUCAUAUUCCAAUUGCCACCAACCCAUGGCGGAAAUGUCAAACCUUUCCCACUCUAUGCAGCAUAAUUUGGACGUAUACUCGAACCACCUGCCCCCUCACAGGGAAGAGUGGUCUGAGGACAGGGAAUCACGACACGACAACCUUGUCUACGGAAACAUGCAAUAUCCGAUGUCCAUGCAGGCACCUGAUAUCUCGGUCACACGUCGUGAGUCUUCUGAUGCGCUGACUGCCUCACUGGAAGGUAUCGGAAUUUGUACUACCGGCCAAUCUGGGCUGUCUCAAUCUGUCGAUCGGGUAGAGGCAACUUGCUGGAAGGAGCCCGGCAAGGAGCUCGAUCUCGCUGCACGCCGCAAGCGCCCUCGCCCCGCUGCCAUUGGCACCUCGGGAACUCGUCCUUUGGUUAACUCGACCUCGAUGUCCUCACUCUCGCCUACCGCUCGUAUGCCUAACUCCGGCGCCGGCAACUCGAUGAGGCAGUCCAAGUCAACUCAAAGCCUCAACUCCCGGUAUGCCGGUGUGAGAAAGGCAUCGGCUGCCCAACGGUCUCCACUCAAUUUCACUUUUGCGGAUUCCGGGUCUAUCAAGAAGGCCGAGAAGAUGCUGCGACCCUCGGUCUCAACCACUAGCCUAGCUCCACCAACUCCCUUGACCCCGCAAGACCUCCAGCAUUUCAUGCCUGCCUCCCCCACGGAAAGCAACUACUGCUUGUCGGCCCACUCUACAGCCCACUUCUUCCCUACCUCUCAACCCAUGCAGGUCAACAUGGCAUCACCUCCUGCUACGCCACUGGAUAUUUACUCCCCCUUCCCUUACCAAAAUGUGGCCCCGCCGAUGUCGGCUCCGGCUCAUGUAUCUUCCUUCCCUGAAUAUAUUACAUGUGAUUCGGUUCCCAUGCCAGCCCGCAGCUGGGCCGACAGUGCUUCCAUAUCUUCGCCUGAGUACCCGCCGGGUCUUCAGGUGCCGCACUCAACCACCGUCUCGCCCAUGGGCUAUAACGCGACCACCGACCACACCGGACAGGCCUUUGGCAUGGAAUCGGUCUCUGGCUCUCCGUCUUUGAUCUAUUCAAUCGAAGAUACCGACAUGCCAGGCUCCGCCGAGCUUGCGGAGAGGAAGCGGACUGAAUUUAUGAUGCAUGAAUUCCCAGAGCACGAUACCCACUUUGGUGGCCAUCAGUUACCAUCAAUGCAGAAGCCGAAAGCCUACACGUUCGCGAACAACACGACGCCAAGUAACUACCCUUCCUAG